AUGAUAAUGAUGAUUCUAACAAUUUGAAUAGUACUUCAAUUAAUAAUUCUAUUAAUAAUAACAAUAAUAAUAAUAAUAAUACAAAUCUUAAUGAUGAUAAUAUUCGUCGAUAUCGAACAGCAUUUUCACGUGAGCAAUUAGCAAGACUUGAAAAAGAAUUUCUUAGAGAAAAUUAUGUUAGUCGACCAAGACGUUGUGAAUUAGCAGCUGAAUUACAAUUACCAGAAUCAACAAUUAAAGUAAGCAAAAAAGAAAAUUUUUUCAUCAUAUACAAAAAACAAAAAUAAGAAGACCUUUUUUUUUUUUAUUUUUAUAUAUUAGGUUUGGUUUCAAAAUCGACGAAUGAAAGAUAAAA